AUUAAACAUUGUAGAAUAUCUGAAACAUGGCUGUGCAUCUCAAAGGAGUCCGAUACGUUUUAUUCGUGGGUGCAAUCGUUGGAGUUAUUGGAGCUGCUCUCUAUCCCAUUGUACUCAAGCCUAUGAUGGGAGUUGACGAGUACAAAAACAUAAGAAAACAAGUGUCUGGUAGUGCGAGCAAGCAAUAGUGAAGCGCAAAUCAAUUGGUUUUAUCUUGUUCCAAAUAUUACCAAAUGUAAAAUAAGCUAAUGUAGUUUUAGCAAACAUUUGCGAGUGCAUAUUAGAAUAGUCAAGCAUUUUAAAGAAUUGUUGACUAUGGAGAUGUAUUUUGUUUCGUACAUGAUUGAAUUUUUAUGUUAUUUAAACUUUGUCGGAAUUAAUAAACAAUUUUAAUAUUUCUUAUAAAGAAUAUAUAUACACUUACAUCUUGAUCUCCUCAGUCCAUAUAAGCUCUAAGAACAUUUCGUCACAAAGAAGUACAGAGGCAAGAAUAUUGUAUUCUAAGGUGAAGUUUGAGUGGCUGAAAUUAUUAGAAAUGUAAACAGUAUUAGCAAGGCGAUUAAAAUAUAUCUUCGCCAGGAUUUUUAUUCACGAGUUUUGGAUAGUUGGGUAUGUGCUUGAUAGCAUAUAUACUGUAUGCAUAUUUUUAAUAAAUUAUUUUUAUAAAACAAGUUAAA